AUGCUUCGAUGGGCACCAGAGAUUUACUCGACUGGCGAGGAUGACGCAACCGCGGCAGAACCAGAGGGGCAUCUCCUUAGGGCAUGGCUGAUGGUCUCGGACGGGCACUAUCUUGUCGUCUUAUGCAUUGACCUGGAUCUGCGUGUUGCCUCUGAACCGGCGUGCACGAUCCUUGCCCACUAUGACCUGGGCUCCCAACUUGGCAAAUCCUCAUUCAUCGACUUCGCUUGCAAUCAUGAAUAUGCGAUUAUCCUCCAGAUUGCAGGCAUACAAGCUUCCAUCAUUUCUCUGACGCGUCCCGAGCGACACGAUGUUGCGAACAUCAAAUAUCCGGACAACCGUGGGCUUAGCCAAAGUCCCAACGGUAAGUGCCUCUCGAUUCUUACAAGAAGUGAAGGGCAAGACCUUGUCGUUGUCUUCACUAUGACGCAAAUGGGCUCAAUCAAGUCCAGUACCUUCACUCCGCUGACCCACGACGCCCAAGGUAUCAUGUCGUGCCCGGAAGGUAAUCCUCUUCUGUGCGUUUGGGAUGCUGCUGCCUUUGGCUUAAGAGUGCUAUUCUUCACAGCCAAUGGUCAUCACUUGAAACAGCUGGAUAUAACUGCCGAAAGUAUGCGUCUUUUUCAAAUACUCCCAGGAUUUGACGGCCUGGGCAUCAGCAAGGUAGACUGGCUCUUGUGUGGUGGCAAAGCAGUACUCGCUUUGUUCGAUAGUUCAGGGCAUCUCUUCCUGCGACGCCAGCUUGGGGAUGAGAAACUUCUUCAUUCAGUGGCUACCAUCAACCACCCUGCUGUAAUCGACGGAGCAUCAUAUGAUGUAUGGCAGGAGUCACAAGAUGGCGAUCACAUCUUCUCGCGUCAUUUUGCGUCAUUUCAAGCUCGCAACAUUCAAGGGUCCGCCGGGGCUGAUCAGAUGGCCGUAAAUGCAACUUGCCAGCUGGUUGCAUCGAAAGAUUCAUCCAGACCAUGGACUUUAUGGAUCUGGGAUGCCCUAACGACACAGCAGCCUCUGGCAGUGGUUAGUUUUCGGGAUCGUAUCAGGCAGCUUCUUUGGCAUCCAAUGGAUCCCGACCUCCUGGUCAUCCUGACAGCCUCCAAAGAGCCCUGCUUUUAUCUGUGGCAUAUGAAAAAGGAGCAACCAUUUGUUUCAAAUGCCUUAAACAUGAACGGCCGUUCAGAAAUGUGCGACUGCGACGCAACAUGGCUUACCGGAUAUCUCAACGGGUUACCGCUUCUAUUUCUGAGCUGGCCGCGACAUUAUGAUGCCGGCAUUCUGAACAUUGACCAAGAUAUUGUUAUUUUCAAGGGCAUUUUGCGUCAAGAUCAUUGCCACAACGGCUGA